GGAUCAACUCUUGUGUAAAUUUAAAUUAUUUUCUUAAGGAUCUGUAAGAGGAGCCCUUUUAAAAGACGAAUGAAGAAAAUACUUUCUAUGAAGAGUAGAAGUACUUGAUUCUGGGACAACUCCUAGAGCACUUCUAACAUCAAAGCUGGAGUAAAGUAUGAAGAAACAAUCCGUCUGACUCCCUCUGCAUCUCACCCAGAACACAAAAUGGCUCUGCAGAAAAAAACUCUUGUUGGCGUCUUGGAGGAGUGGUGUCUGGAGGAACUGCUAUUUGGUUGCAGAUGGCACCAGAAUGUUAGGAAAAAACUGAGACUGAUAAGAAUUAUAGGGCUUCUUGUCAGUUUAGUGGCCAUCGGUACUUUCUCUCUUUCAAUUAGUGCCUUUUUUAAGAUGGAACCACAUAGCAUGGUGUUGGCCAGCAGCCUAGACAGCCAAAAGCUGGUGCAUGGACACCAAAGAACUCUGUUGGAUUUCAUGGAACAGGAUGAAAACGGCACUCCAGCCCCACACACUCAUAUGAAAUAUGAAGCUGAGCAUGACAAUGCAACGGAUGAUCAUGUCAAGGGAGAGUACCCCAAGGACCUUUUCUCUCUUGAGGAGAGAAGAAAGGGAGCAGUGAUCCUCCAUGUAAUUGGAAUGAUUUACAUGUUUAUAGCCUUAGCGAUAGUCUGUGAUGAGUUUUUUGUUCCUUCCUUGACUGUCAUCACUGAAAAACUGGCCAUAUCUGAUGAUGUGGCAGGGGCAACCUUCAUGGCUGCUGGUGGGUCAGCCCCAGAACUCUUCACUUCUUUAAUAGGAGUGUUUAUAUCCCACAGCAAUGUCGGUAUUGGUACAAUAGUGGGAUCUGCCGUGUUCAAUAUCCUGUUUGUUAUUGGAAUGUGUGCUUUAUUUUCUCGAGAGAUCUUGAACCUUACGUGGUGGCCACUCUUUCGAGAUGUGUCUUUUUACAUCGUUGACUUAAUCUUGCUAAUCAUCUUCUUUCUGGAUAACUUGAUCAUGUGGUGGGAAAGCUUAACACUCCUGACAGCAUAUAUUUGCUACGUGACUUUCAUGAAGUUCAAUGUUCAAGUAGAAGAAUGGGUGAAGAAAUUUUUAAACAGGAACAAGGUUGAGAAGGUAACAACAGCAGACGCUGAAGGAAAGUCACCUAAUGCUGGCAACAAGGAUGACCAAACACUGACGACCAAGCCACGACUCCAGCGGGGAGGAAGCUCUGCAUCUCUCCACAACAGCCUAAUGAGGAACAGCAUCUUCCAGCUCAUGAUUCACACACUUGACCCGCUUGCUGAAGAGCUUGGAUCAUAUGGAAACCUAAAAUAUUAUGACACAAUGACUGAAGAAGGAAAGUUCAAGGAAAGGGCCUCAAUUCUGCAUAAGAUCGCCAAAAAGAAGUGCCAGGUGGAAGACAGUGAAAGGCAGAAUGGAGCUGCUAAUCAUGAAAAAAGUGUUAAAGUGGAAGUUGCAGUAACACCACCAAGUGAUUCAGGACCAGUGCAGAAUGGAAUCGCCCAUAACGUUGAAGAAGAGAAUGAAGAGGGUGAGGACCAGCCUCUCAGCCUGGACUGGCCUGACACCCCACGCAAGCAGCUCACCUACCUUCUUGUAUUACCCAUUGUUUUUCCACUGUGGGCUUCCCUUCCAGAUGUUAGAAAACCUAGCUCAAGAAAAUUUUUUCCCAUCACAUUUUUUGGCUCUAUCAGCUGGAUUGCAUUUUUUUCUUACUUAAUGGUCUGGUGGGCACAUCAGGUUGGAGAGACCAUUGGUAUUAGUGAAGAAAUCAUGGGAUUGACUAUUCUAGCUGCUGGCACAUCCAUUCCUGACCUUAUUACCAGUGUUAUCGUAGCACGCAAAGGUCUGGGUGACAUGGCUGUAUCCAGUUCUGUCGGAAGCAACAUAUUUGACAUCACAGUGGGCCUUCCUUUUCCAUGGCUCCUGUAUGCUGCAAUUAACAGCUUUGCCCCGGUGACAGUCAGCAGCAAUGGUCUGUUCUGUGCGAUUGUUCUCCUCUUCAUCAUGCUGCUCUUUGUCAUCCUCUCCAUCGCCUCCUGCAAGUGGAGAAUGAAUAAAAUCCUGGGCUUUCUCAUGUUUGGGCUUUAUUUUGUGUUCCUGAUUGUCAGUGUCCUCCUGGAGGACAAAGUGAUCCAGUGUCCUGUCUCCAUCUAGUGAAAAGUGCUGUUUCUUGAGACCAAAAAAACCAAACCACCCUCACACAUAUAUUUAUUAAAAAAUAUAUAUAUCAUAAUGAAACAGUGAAAAACCACAAUGAGACUAAUGCAUGGAUUUGUAAAUUUCCUCUCCCUCAAUUUAAAGAAGGAAGGCAGGAAGGAAGGCAGGAAAUGGAAGGCAGGAUGGCAGGAAGGCAGGAAGGCAA